AUGCUGAAGAAGAAGGAAGGCGGCGGACAAACGUGCUGUGUUCCUGGAUGUGAUAACAACACGCGGAAGACACCGUACGUUUCGUUUCAUUGCUUUCCGAAGGACAAUGUUCUUAGAAAAGAAUGGAUUAGAAGAAUUAAUCGCCGAGGCACCGCAGGGCGGUUUUCUUUGUGGCAGCCGUCGAAGCACCACAAGAUAUGCGGAGCUCAUUUUAAUCGGACAGGACGGAAACAGUACAUGGAUCGCUAUCCUACUAUCUUUCCUCAUCGAAUGUACGCGGAAAGAGGACUGCCCGUAAAAGCCGCAUCUGCCAAACGUCGAAAAAGAGCGCGCAGUGGAGGAGCUACCAACAUCAUUUUAGAGGAGGAACAGGCCAUAGGCAGCAUGGUCGAAAUCUGGACCACGCAAGAGGACUCAUCAACUUGUGCUCUGCCAUGCUCGUCGGCUGCCCUUCCUACAAGUAGCGGAUCACCUGAGCGCCUUGAAGUCAUGGGUGCAGAGCCACAGCAUGAGAAAGAGUGGGACCACAAAUACGCCGUCGGGCCAGUAUCUGAGGCUGCUGUUCUCUACAAGGCAAGAGUCGAAAUACUGCUUACUACCUGCAGAGAGCUUCAGGAGAAAAAUGACAAGCUUCAGAAGGAAAACAGCCACCUUGCAGCUAAUUUAACAGAGUUGAAAAGCAGGCUUCACAAUGAAAAGCUGCAGCGGGCACAAGAAAAAGUGAGCACUACCAAAGGAACCACAAGUUUUGAAGAAGUAUUUAAGGAUGAAAGAUGGCUGCAGUUUUAUACUGGUUUCACUUCACUGCAACGAUUUGAGUUCUUUGUGCAGUUUAUAGAAGCUAAGCAUGCAGUAACAAAGACAUCAAAUACUGGUCGACGAACCCUCCUCAGUUUUGGACAUGAUCGGGAGUAUGCGGCGUGUGCACCGUCACAGUUCACACAGUGGGUCGACCACGGCAGCUGCGAGAGCCAUGGCCGAACCUUUGACACUGAAAGCAUCGGCGAGGGUUUG